AUGAUCCAAAUGGACUUAUUUGAUAAACUCAAGGUCUGGGUUUUGUUUAUGUGCUUGAUAAAUCAAUUGGGUCAUGGAUUUUACCUUCCUGGUAGCUACCCUUACAUAUAUGAUAUUGGUGAUUUCUUGUCUGUGAAAGUGAAUUCACUCACUUCAAUUGAUACUGAAAUUCCCUUUAGCUACUAUAGCUUACCCUUUUGCCUGCCCCGAGAGGGGGUAAAGGACAGUACCAAAAACCUCGGUCAGCUCCUUAUGGGUGAUAGGAUUCAGAAUUCGCCAUAUAGAUUUAAGAUGUACACCAAUGAGACGGAGAUCUUUCUCUGUCAAACAAAGCCAUUGUCCGGUGAAGAGUUUAAGGUAUUGAAAAAGAGGAUUGAUGAAAUGUAUCAGGUUAAUUUGAUUCUUGAUAAUUUACCCGCCAUUCGGUAUACUAGGAAGGAGGGUUUUUUCUUGCGGUGGACGGGGUAUCCUGUGGGAAUUAAGGUUCAAGAUGUGUAUUAUCUGUUUAAUCACUUGAAAUUUAAUGUUCUUGUUCAUAAGUAUGAGGAUACAAAUGCGGCUCGUGUGAUGGGUACUGGAGAUGGGGCCGAGGUGAUCCCUAUGGUUGGGAAGUCGGGAUCAGAAAAGCCUGGAUACAUGGUUGUUGGGUUUGAGGUGGUCCCUUGUAGUAUUCAACACACUGCUGAGUCAUUGAAGAAUUUGAAAAUGUAUAAUACAUAUCCAUCUGCGAUCAAGUGUGAUCCCACCACUGUGGCGAUGGCUAUUAAGGAGAAUGAGCCUCUGGCAUUUACGUAUGAGUUUUCGUUUGUGGAGAGUGACAUCAACUACCCUCACAAAUAUGGUAUUGGUGAUGUCUUGUCUGUGAAAGUGAAUUCCCUGACUUCAAUUGAUACUGAAAUUCCCUUUAGCUACUAUAGCUUACCCUUUUGCCAGCCCCAAGAGGGUGUUAAGGACAGUGCCGAAAACCUCGGUGAGCUCCUUAUGGGUGAUAGGAUUGAGAAUUCUCCUUACAGAUUUAAGAUGUACACCAAUGAGACGGAGAUCUUUCUCUGUCAAACAAAGCCAUUGUCCGGUGAAGAGUUUAAGGUAUUGAAAAAGAGGAUUGAUGAAAUGUAUCAGGUUAAUUUGAUUCUUGAUAAUUUACCCGCCAUUCGGUAUACUAGGAAGGAGGGUUUUUUCUUGCGGUGGACGGGGUAUCCUGUGGGAAUUAAGGUUCAAGAUGUGUAUUAUCUGUUUAAUCACUUGAAAUUUAAUGUUCUUGUUCAUAAGUAUGAGGAUACAAAUGCGGCUCGUGUGAUGGGUACUGGAGAUGGGGCCGAGGUGAUCCCUAUGGUUGGGAAGUCGGGAUCAGAAAAGCCUGGAUACAUGGUUGUUGGGUUUGAGGUGGUCCCUUGUAGUAUUCAACACACUGCUGAGUCAUUGAAGAAUUUGAAAAUGUAUAAUACAUAUCCAUCUGCGAUCAAGUGUGAUCCCACCACUGUGGCGAUGGCUAUUAAGGAGAAUGAGCCUCUGGCAUUUACAUAUGAGUUUUCGUUUGUGGAGAGUGACAUCAAGUGGCCAUCAAGAUGGGAUGCCUAUUUGAAGAUGGAGGGAGUGAAAGUCCACUGGUUCUCAAUUCUCAAUUCCCUUAUGGUGACCACUUUCUUGGCUGGUAUUAUUGUUGUCAUCUUCUUGAGGACAGUUCGUUAUGAAGAGCUGAACAAAGAAGCCCAAGCCCAGAUGAAUGAGGAGUUAUCAGGGUGGAAACUUGUUGUGGGAGAUGUUUUCCACCCUCCAAACAACCCUUCUCUUUUUUGUGUUAUGGUGGGAGAUGGGGUUCAGAUUCUAGGGAUGGCAGUUGUGACGACUUUGUUUGCUGCUCUCGGGUUCUCGUCCCCGGCUUCUCGAGGAACUCUGGUUACAGGUAUGCUGUUUUUCUACCUGAUUCUUGGAAUUGCGGCUGGUUAUGUUGCUGUUCGUCUGUGGAAGACAAUCUCUUGUGGUGAUCACAAAGGAUGGGUUUCAGUCUCUUUGUGGGUUGCUUGUUUCUUCCCUGGUAUUGGCUUUUUGAUUCUAAUGACGCUGAACUUCUUAUUGUGGAAUAGUCACAGCACAAGAGCCAUCCCUUUUUCUCUCUUUGUGAUUCUCAUUUUGUUGUGGUUCUUUAUUUCAGUCCCCCUUACCCUUAUUGGUGGUUGCCUUGGGGCUAGGGCACCUCAUAUUCAAUACCCAGUUCGAACCAAUCACGUUCCUCGAGAAAUCCCAGCUCAAAGAUACCCUUCUUGGCUUCUACUUCUAGGGGCUGGGAUUCUUCCAUUCGGUACACUUUUCGUUGAGAUCUUCUUCAUCAUGUCCAGUAUUUGGUCGGGCCGUGUAUACUACGCUUUUGGGUUCCUCUUCAUUGUUUUGACCUUUCUUGUGGUGGUUUGUGCUGAAGUGUCUAUAGUUCUAACAUACAGACAUCUCUACAUGGAGAACUGGAAUUGGUGGUGGAAAUCUUUCUUUGCUUCUGGUUCAGUUGCCAUAUACGUUUUCCUUUACUCCAUAAAGUAUCUGGUUUUCGAUCUAAAGAGUUUGAGUGGACCUGUCUCUGCUACUCUUUACUUGGUAUAUUCGCUCUUCAUUGUGCUGGCAAUAAUGCUUGCAACAGGCACAGUUGGGUUCCUUUCUUCAUUUUGGUUUGUGCAUUACUUGUUCUCCUCGGUGAAGCUGGACUGAAAAAACUUCCUUCAACUCAGAGACAGACUCUGUGAAAAUAAGCAGCAUUCGGCCAUUGGAGAAAUGGUCACAGAUUUCAUAUAUAGUAGAUCUACUAAUGUUUCUUGUCUUUGAUAUGUCUUUUUUAUGGGAAGUUUGCAAAACUAAGACAAAAUGGACACAGUCUCUGUAUAUAGUUGAUAUAUUUAUGUUUCUUGUCUUGAAUUUAUCUUUUUUCCGGCAAGUUUAGAAAAUUAAAACAACUACUUCAUCCAGAUUUGCUAAAAUUAUUAACUAGAUCGAAAUCAUGCAUGAUACUAAAGUUCCAUUUUGGGGAAUACCAUGAUUGUUAGUAUUGAAACGUCAGAUUCCCAACUUGUCAUUGAUUAUCUGAAUUUGUAGAUGGUGGCUUUUCCCAAAUAGUCAACAUGUUUGUGCCAUUUGUUUCAAGUGUUGCCCUCCAGAAACUAUAACAAUUAUUCGGGUUUUCCUUGCAGAUACAAGUAAGAUAUUGCUGUUUUUCUAUCUAAUCUCAGUAAAAUGAUAAUUGAUUUCAUUUUUUUGUUCACCUGUGGUAUUGUUGUUAUACAUUCAUUUUACCUCCUACGCUUUUCCUGUGGUAUAUCAUCUUCAUAUAACUUACCCAAAAAAAGAGUUGAUAAUUUGGAAUGUUCCAAAAACAUGUCUGAACAUUGACGAAGUUGAAAAAAAAAAAUGAAAAUCUGGCAACAUGCGCAACAAUUCCAUUUGUGAUUAGGGAAUACAUAAUAUAGGAUUUCAUGUCUCUCUUGAUUGCAAUUCUUACUAUUGUUUUCCCUUAAAAAAAAAAACUACUUUAUUUUCUUAGUUUAAAAGUGUCUUACAAUCCUUGCGUACAAAUCAUAUGAAUAAUCCCUAAUUGUGGAUGAUAUGCUCUCAAGAAACAUAAUGUCUUCCAUGUUCUUCUUUCUUUUGCUUAAAAACGAACUUGCGUUUGUACUUCUAUCUUUGAUAGUGAAGAUAACUUCGUAUAUUAAAACUGUCUUACGAUUACUGAUCUGCAUGAGGAUGAUAGGAGAAUCACUUGGUCUUUUGUUUUGUUGUGAAAUUCAAGUUUAAAUAUUUGGGUUCUUCGUAUCACAUGUUUGUAUCUGUGCUCGGCAAGUGGUAAUUCCUGGAAGAGUAAGCUAAGGAUUCUUUUGUGCUAGAACGACAAGGUUUCAGUCUCAAAGGCAUCUGUGAUUUCAGUGCUAAACUCUGAUGUUCCUUCCCAACAGCCCAAAUCCCCUCUCUCUCUCAUCUUCUUCUUCUUCUGAUAUCUGUGUUUCUUCCCUUUUUCUUGCUUUCUCUCUCCUGCUUCCUCUUCCUUUCUUCCUGCAUACUUGAUACAUUGAUGUUCAACACAAUACACAUACCUUCUUCCAAACCCCACCCUUAUCUUUUCUCUAAUACUUGAUCUAUUUCAUUCACCUCACAUGACUCUGAUUCACAGAGUCUUCACACAUUUAUACAUGAAAAAAGCAUGACGAUACCCAUAGCCUACCACCUCCUCCUUGCUUUUACUUUCUUCUUUUUGUUUUUUCCUUUUUGAAUAGUCUGGAAUAGUUUAUGUAAGGUUGCCGCAUCAACUUUAAAUUUACCUAAUCACUCAUAAAAUUACAUAUAUCGAUUAAAUUCAUAUUUUUAAAAAUUUGUAAAACCUUUUAAUCUUAAAAUCGAGUUUUACCCUUUACGAAAUUUAAAUCUUAUGGGACUGGUGAAACAAGAACUCAUUAGGGAUUUAGACACUCAAGUGGAUCCAACAUGUGCUACAUAGUUCGCUGACUAUCCACAUAAACCAAACAAACAAACAAAGCUGAACAUGCUGGAAUGCUCUACCAAUUUUAUGAACAGUUUCCCUAGUUUCUGCACCAAAUUUUUUCAAGAUUGGAUUUUUACCCCCAAAACUAUUUAUUAUUUACAAAGUGACCCCAGUAUAAUUUAUCACAAAACUAUUUUAUUUAUUUCUUUCAGAGGGUAGAUAGUUUUUUACUUAUUUCGUUCGACCAUACAUACAAGUAUCUCGGAAGACACUUAUUCACAUAGUCUUUACACAUUUCUACCAAUCAUUCCCCCAAGAUUUCCCAUAAUUGAAUUUUGACCCGCAAUCGAACAAAACCAAACAACACACAGAGAGAGAGAGAGAGAGAGAGAUACUUUAGUGGCGACCGUUUAUCCGUUAAUUGUGGCUACUC